UCCCGGAUUGGCAGCGUCCACCGCCGCUCCAGCCGCCAUCCGCCGCCCAAAUCGAUCACCGUCACUCCAGCCAAGCCAUCCGCCGCCGCAAAAUCGAGCCACCUUGUCCCCUCCUCCGCCGCUGCGGCCGACCCCGACCGAGGGAGAUGCGGAAAUACCAACGAGUCCUAGGAUCGGUGGCCGCCCCUGCCCUGCUCUUGCUCCUGCUCCUCACCCUCGUCCUACCGUUUAUUCAGACCCAGAUGCAGAGCGCACGAGAGAAGGCUGCCGACGAGCGGCGGUUGGACGGAGGCAUCGUGGACUCGCCGGGGGCAGAGAACGACCUCCGCAUCAUCGGCCUCGCCCGCUUCGCCGUCUCCGAGCACAAGAACAAGACCAACGCUCUGCUGGAGUUUGAGAAAGUGGUGAGGCUGAAGCAGCAAGUUGUUGCAGGCAUGAUGUAUUAUAUUACAAUUCAGGUCAAUGAGGGCGGGGCAAAGAAGAUGUAUGAAGCCAAGGUGUGGGAGCGGCCAUGGAUGGAUUUCAAGAAGCUCAUGGAGUUCAGGCCGGCAGAGCGCGCCUCUGCGAGCGCUUAAGGCGGGUCGGUCCCAGCUGUGCAAGGAUAUGCAGAUAUGGUGUGGAUAUAGCUAUCGUCUGUGGGACAUGUCUUAGCUGCUCUCUUGUGUAAUAUCAAGAACAAAUCUGCUUCUUGCGAGUUCUUUUGAACCUGCCCAUUGUGUACAUCUUGCCAUUCGAGUUUCAGAUGGUUCAUAUAUAUCCAAUGCAGUUAAUUUA